UAGUAACACUGUCGUCUAGCGCACUUUAGCAUUCAGACUUUUCUGUAAAAAAAUACUCGUUUUACGUUGAGUUUUAGAAGAUAAUGUCUUACAAACUCAGUGCAGUGCUUAGAGGUCAUGAAAUGGACGUUCGAGGAAUCUGCAAGAGUACUUUCCCAAUUGGUGGUCUUGUUUCAGUGUCAAGGGAUCGAAGUGUUAGGGUAUGGAAACGAGAUGAUUCCACCAAUGAGUUUGUGGAAGGACAAUGUUUCUCUGGUCAUCAAGGAUUCGUAGCAUCAGUACACGCAAUGCCUGCAACAGAAAAACAUCCACAUGGAUUGAUCGUUACUGGUGGACACGAUAAUCUUAUUUUGAUCUGGAGUAUCGAAUCUUUGGAGCCAAUUCAAAAACUACCUGGGCACUCUGGUGCCGUUUGUACAAUAACUUCUGGAAAUUAUGGUACAAUACUGUCUGGAUCAUGGGACAAAACAGCCAGGGUAUGGCUUGAUGGAAAAUGCAUAAUGAACUUAAAAGGUCAUGAGCAAGCUGUUUGGUCUGUGGCCAUGAUAACAGACCAAGGAUUAAUGCUCACAGCCUCUGCAGACAGGACAAUAAAGAUAUGGAAGGCCGGAUCAUGUAUUAAAACAUGUACAGGUCACACCGACUGUGUCCGUAGCAUAAGCGUUCUUUCUUCAAGUGAAUUCAUCUCCAGUUCAAACGACAAUACCAUACGCAAAUGGAGUACAACUGGUCAUUGCAUACAAGUUUACCAAGGUCAUACAAACUUUGUUUACAGUCUCGCCGUUUUUCCGAACGAGAGCGAUAGCUUCAUCUCUACAUCAGAGGACAGAACUGUCAGAGUUUGGAAAGACGGUCAAUGCGUUCAGACAAAUUGCUCAUGCCAGCGACUUCAAUCCGUGGACAUCGCUGUCGGCUCAAGUGACGGUAUCGUUCGUGUUUUUACAUCCGAUCCGCAAAGAAUUGCAGACGAAGACGUAUUGAAGCAAUUUCAAGAAGAGGUCGCCAGUCAUGCUGUUCCUGUGCAAGUUUCCAGCGAUGGCAAACUAGGCGAUAUUGAUGUCAAAGAUCUACCCGGACCCGAGGCAUUAUUAAGACCAGGUAAAUCAAGUGGACAGAAUCUUUUGAUAAAGAGAGGUGGAACGAUCGAGGUCCAUCAGUGGAAUGAUUCGGAUAGUGUAUGGAAUAAGAUUGGUGAAGUGGUUGGAGCUGGCGGUGGAUCUGAUGGACCGUCUACAAGUGCAGGAAAGAAAGUUUUCGAAGGAAAGGAGUAUGAUUAUGUGUUUGAUGUUGAUAUUCAGGAAGGGAAACCCGCAUUGAAGUUACCUUACAAUAUCACAGACGACCCAUGGCUUGCCGCACAGCAAUUUUUAGAAAGGAACCAGCUUAGUCAAGAAUUUCUCGAUCAAGUUGCUAACUUCAUCAUGGCGAGAACGAAGUCGGUAACGAUUGGUGCCGAAAGCAAUCAAUCUUCAUACGCCGACCCUUUUACCGGCGGGUCUCGUUAUAUACCUGGAGCAUCAACGUCUGAUAAUGCGCCUGAUGCCAUUCAUAGUGGAGCUGAUCCUUUUACAGGACAAGGAAGCUACAAACCAAGUUACUCAACAUCCGUGACAGGAAAUGAAAGACAAUCAUCCACAAAGUUAAGAGCAAUUUACAAAGAUGACUGUUGUUCAAACCAGAUGCUUUCCAAUGACGAUUUUUCAGAAAUUGAAGAGGCAUUGUCCGUCGCUGUGGAUAAAAAAAGUCCUUCGAAUCCUUUGACUCCUAAACAAGUUGAUACCAUUACAAAAUUAAUCAGAUGGCCAACUGAUAUUUGUUACCCAGGAUUAGAUGUCCUAAGAAUGUUCAUUCGAGAUGACGUCAUUUCACAGGAUUUUAUCAAGAAUGGCGAUGAGCUUGUUCAGCAUCUAUUAAAAAUUACUGGGUGUGAUAAGGCCAAGAAUCAUGACCUCACCGUCGCUGUCGUAUUCAGAAUAUUUUCAAAUCUUUUCGCUCACCAGCAAGGCCGAAUUGUGAUGUUAAAACAAAAAGAAGAGAUCCAGCAAUGCAUCAACGAUAAUUGUCGAUAUACCAAUAAAAUGACUCAAAUUGCUUCAUGUACAGUUCUUAUAAAUUAUGCUAUUGAGUCUAAAGAUAAAAAAGGUCUCGAGCUCAAAGCUCCUUGGAUAAACAGUUUGCGAACGGUAAUGAAUUAUUUGAAGGACAACGAAGCGAAAUUUCGUGCUAUGGUUGCGUUGGGGACGUUGAUUUGGAAGGACGAAGAAAGUGUAUCAUAUGCUAAAACGUUGGAUUUUCAUAAUUUGAUUAAUCCACUAACAUCCAUAUCAGACCCCUCCAAGGUUGCCAAGUGUGCUAUACAGAUAAUGGAAGCUUUGAGGUGACAAUUGUGAAUGAACUUCUUACAAAUUAAAUUUCAUAAAAAUUACACAUCGCGAUUUUGGUUUUCACAAUCACUUCUUGUACAUAGAGGUAUUAAUGAACAUUCUUUAUUUCAAAAUAUUGUUCAAUAUUGGUCUGUGAUGACUUAUAAAGCAUAUCAGUAAUAUAUGUUCCAAAUUUAAA